UCCUACCACGUCGUUUUGAACUGAUACCUUGAUUCUUUUAAGCGGGGGAUCUUAAAAAGGGGAACACGUCUCUCAUCCAAUAUAUACAAAUAAUUCGGGGACUUUCUUCCUAAACGAAGACCAGAACAAAGAAGAAGCAGCAUUACUAGCCUGUCUGGCACAGAGCGAAUGUAGCAGUGGUUUAUCCUGUUCUUUCCACAUACUUUCACAACAUAAUUCAUAAUUAAGCGUCUCAAGACCUGCUCAUUUGUUGAGGCGUGUACAUCUUAAAAGCCGAAAGACACAGAGGUGGCAUACUAGUAGUGACGGUUUCGGCAUCACAGUACAUGACGUUACUAGUGUAGCCUCCUCUGCCCUUUCUGUCAGAUUGCCCGCAGCUCCAGCUUGUAGUUCUUCAGAACACGUGCCCCCUGCAGAUCCUAACACCCCGUUGUUAAGAAAAAAACUACAAGCCCCAGCAUCCUUUGCGGGAAAGGCUGUACUACGUGAGAAGAACGGGGGGCAAAACUUUUUGAUUUCGCCCAGGGAAGCCGUGUUGGCUGCCAUGGCCAGAAGGGCUUUAAAACUUGCAUCAUUUGGCACAGCAGCAGCUGCUGCCACUGCUGGGUUCUACCUGUACAACAACAAGCUCCUGGAUCCCAAUGACUUUGGAGUUAUACGGGUCAGCAGAGCGGUUGCCACAACAGCACUCAUUACCUUUGAUUACCUCAGUUCUCUUUGGAGCAUUCCACGUGGGACAGAAGAGUAUGAUUACGUGAAGUCACAGGUCCAUCUGCGUUCUGCAGAACGUCUCCGAGACCUGUGCUGUACCAACCGGGGCACGUUUAUCAAAGUGGGACAACACUUGGGAGCACUCGACUAUCUGUUGCCAGAGGAAUAUACGAGCACGCUCAAGGUGCUCCACAGCCAAGCCCCUCAGAGCAGCAUGCAGGAGAUAGAACAAGUUAUCCAAGAAGACCUGGGCAAAGGGAUUAAUGACUUGUUUGUAAGUUUUGACACUGCCCCAUUAGGGGCAGCAUCGCUGGCUCAAGUCCAUAAGGCUGUGCUAAAGGAUGGGAGGACAGUUGCAGUGAAAGUCCAGCAUCCUAAGGUUCAGGCACAGAGCUCUAAGGAUAUUCUACUGAUGGAGAUCCUAACCUUGGCUGUAAAACAGAUCUUCCCAGACUUUGAGUUCAUGUGGCUAGUAGAGGAAGCUAAGAAGAACUUGCCACUCGAGCUGGACUUCCUUAAUGAGGGAAGGAAUGCUGAAAAGGUGUCCCACAUGUUAAGGUCCUUUGACUUUCUAAAGGUUCCUAAGAUUUACUGGGAUCUUUCGACAAGGCGUGUUCUCUUCAUGGAGUUAAUGGAAGGUGGCCAAGUGAACGACAAGGCCUACAUGGAUAAAAAUGGCAUCAAUGUGAAUGAGAUCUCUCGCAACCUGGGGAAAAUAUAUAGUGAAAUGAUCUUUGUCAAUGGCUUUGUGCACUGUGACCCACACCCUGGCAAUGUGCUGGUGAGGAAGUGUCCAACCACAGGCAAGACACAUAUUAUACUUCUAGAUCAUGGACUCUACCAGGUAAAUAGAGGGAAGAAGGAGCAGGUGAUGAGAGGACUUGGGGAAAUUUUAAAUCCUAUUUUUAUAAACUUAACAAUUACCUUUUGUUUUGGAUCGUGGGAAUCAGUCAACAAAGGUAUAGACCAGUCACCAGUCACAGCCAAAGAGGAUGUGGAAAUCCGGACCAAUGCUGCUGCUUACUUGCCCCAGAUCACCCAGCUUGUCAACAAUGUCCCCCGCCAGAUGCUGCUGCUACUGAAGACCAAUGAUUUGCUGAGGGGGAUCGAAUCUGCUCUGCAAACACGGGCCAAUGCCAGCUCAUUCAUUAUCAUGUCUCGUUGCUGCAUACGAGCUGUUUCAGAGUAUCAGAGAAAAAAGAGUGACUCAUUGUACAGGAAAGCACAGAUCUCCUUCUCCGAAGCCCUGAGCUUGUGGCAGAUCAACCUGUAUGAACUUUUCCUCCGCCUGAAGGGCUCCCAGCUAGCGAACUGGGUCCUCGCCCUCUUGAGCUGGAUGCACCAUUCCGCCUGGUGACAGGAAUUUGUGGGAGAAGCUGGGCCCUGCUCCCUCCCUGCCUUUCGCAGCUAUAGUAUUCUGUCCCUAUUUAUUCUGCUGGAGUUUUCUGUAAGAUAUGGUUCAUUUUCAUGUAAGAUGUGGUUCUCUCUUUGUUGCCUUAUGCAGGGUCACUCACCACUGAGAAGGCACGCAUAAAGAAAAAAGAAAAAAAUCUGUAGCUCAAGGGAGUCCGAAGUUACAGUUCAGGGAGGUGGUGGCUUAGAGAAAACAUUGCAAAUCUCUCAAAGCCCUGAUCUUUGGAGGGUAUCCAGGUGAAAUCCUAAGAGACUGCAUCCUAGUUUAGCUUUUUUUUGUGGGGGUAGGUCUAGUUUUUUUAAGAAUACAGUUGAAAAAUAAUGUAACAGAAUGUGACAAUAAUCAGUAAGCCUUUAGCAAUAACCUACCACAGAGUUCCCCAGUGAACCUGGGCAAUGAUAGGGGAUGAUGGUAGGUGUAUAGUAGUUCAAAACAUCAACAUGGCACCAGGUUGUGGUAAGAUGAUUGGGUUAUUCAGCAGGUGCUACAAAAUUAUUGUGUUCACUGUUCUUUGGUUUUGCUAAAAACUUCCCCAAAUGACAUGGAAAUCAUGGGAAAAGUCACAGAGUCUGAAUGGGAUUCCCACUUCUGAAAGGCAGGGUGUGCAAGGGAUGGGCCUGAGAGUCUUUGAGUUCUGUUGUCGCUUCUGCCACUGAGUGACUGUGAGGGGGUUGGACAUUUUUGUCUGUUUUCUUUGCCUUGAAACGGAUUACGAGUAAAAUGAAAGCAGAAAUGUCAGCCUGCCUUGGAAAGGAUCAGAGAGGAAAGGCACUGUUUAUUGUCAUAAAAUUAUUGUCUCAAAAUCAUUCCUAUGUCAUGAGUUAGUAUCUGCAAGGGGAAAUAAAGCGGA